AUGUUACAUAUAGACGAGACAAAAGUCAAAGGUUCUGGACGAAAGCUGCUAACGAAAGCGAGCCGAGGCGUCGCGGCCGUGUCCUCUAGCCACCCCUGCGAAUCCCGUUAUAAUUUACGAUCAUCCCGAAAAAUCCCGGGAUUAUUUUUAUUCGAUAACGAUAAAGGUGCCGCAGAGGGUUACCUUUAUUAUCACUCAGUGCGGGACGACUCUUUUACAACUUUACACAUGUUUGUAACGUCGAAAUGGACUGACUCUUAUGUCACACUUUUGUGCUAUGCUUUUAAAGCUGUUUUAUAA